AUGGAACCAUUGAAAGGUUACCAAACCUCGGAAAGUGAUAUUGUAAAGACCGUCGAUCACCAAUGUAUGUCCACGACUGCUCCCGAGUCACAUGAACAUCUCCAGAACUUCGACACAUCAUCGCAACGGCCUGAACAAAAAAAACGAUCGAAAGAUUCGCAAGCCUCGAGGCCGAGAAAAGCCAAGCUUAGAGAGUCAGAUCUAGAGACUGCAACAUCGACCAAAGAUGCAUCUUCUUGUCUAUCUACUUCUAUUCAACCGACGCUUGCUCCAUCACCUUCUUUUGACACCAAAGGUUCAUCAAAGCCUAGUAUAGUCGAUUCAGAUGUAAAAAUUAUACGAUCACGGAAAAGUAAUCCUUCAAAUCAAGCUGGGGCAUCCGAGUCCGCACCGAAAUGCGCCAUUGGUAAUGAAAACUUCCAAAAUUCUACCAACAGACGCCUAUUCGCGUCUCAUGCCAUGACGAAACUACCAGACCUAUCUAAAACUGCUACCUCAUCACUACCAAAAACACAUCGACACUCGCCCCAGCGAAGGGAAACUCUGUCUGCAACUCGCCCAAAUCUAUUGGAUCCAAAUUUCAGUAAUAAAAAACAACCUGGCGCUGUUUUACCUGAUAAUUCUUCAUCAAUACCAGUCCCGCCAAUGUCCAUACCAUCCUAUCUACAGUUAGAGCUAUCAUCGCCCGGGCUAUCGCCUUUUAUAAUUAACAGGCCCUCUAGCGAAUUCCCUUACGAACACACAUCAGUCAAGUUCCAACGAUUGAUUAACUUUGUGACACUACCUCUACAAUUAGAGCAAGUUCUAUUUUUUGGGUCAAUUGCCUGCUUAGAUGCAUGGCUCCAUACAUUUACGAUUCUUCCUAUUCGAUUUUUAAAAGCAACAGGGAUUUUGGCCAGAUGGUGGGGUCAUAUACUUUCCAAAGAGUUACGAUUUAUCCUAAAGUUUAUAUAUCAUGGGACCGGGAGGAUGUGGCAUCGCCGCAACGAAAAUCCUAGGCUGCCAGUCCAGCCCGAAAUUGAAACUCAUGAUGCACCACCAACAGUAUUAUUGAAUCCCCCGAAAUCACCACCGCAGCCUCAGUUGAGGCACGCAGCCGUAGUAACUAGAGGGCAAGAAGUCUCAGGGAAAAAUUCGAAAGCUGAUGUUGAACGUCGAUCCAGGCAAGGAUGGGCAGCAAGGUAUCACACAAAAAUACCACAGCCUGUGCCGCUAUCCUCUCAUAAUAAGGCAGACUUAAUCCAGGGCACCAUCAUAAUCUUAAGCUGCGCAAUAUUAAUGAAACUUGAUGCUAGUCGUAUGUAUCAUUACAUUCGUGGUCAAGCAGCCAUCAAGCUCUAUGUUAUAUUUAAUGUUCUUGAGGUUGGAGACAAGCUUCUUGCGGCUCUUGGACAAGAUAUCUUUGAGUGUCUCUUUUCUGACGAGGCAUCUCAGCCAACAGUGAAUGGCCGCAUCCGAACUUUUAGAUCAACAUGGUUGUUCGUUAUAGCAUUAAUCUACAAUGUUGGACACGCUGCCGCGCUGUUUUUCCAAGUUAUCACCUUGAACGUCGCCGUGAAUUCUUAUUCCAACGCUCUCUUCACUCUUUUGAUGUCAAACCAAUUUGUAGAGAUUAAAUCAACUGUAUUUAAGAAGAUUGAGAAAGAUAAUCUCUUCCAGCUCACUUGUGCCGAUGUAGUUGAGCGAUUUCAGCUUUGGCUUAUUCUCCUCAUCAUUGCUCUUCGGAAUAUUGUAGAAAUGGGCGGAUUGAGCAUUCCAAACGGCGGCGGAGAAAGUGAGAGAGAUUUCUUACAAAAGGUAAGCGUCCCUCUUCGUAGCAACUCUGUCUUACCACACAGCUUUAAGAUAUUUCCUACUUGGUCAGGGGAGAUCCUAUCACCUUUUUUCCUAGUUUUAGGCAGCGAAAUGUUCGUGGAUUGGAUCAAACACUCGUACAUUUCCAAGUUCAAUAAUGUCAAGCCAGCGAUCUACGGCCGAUAUCUGGAUAUUUUAGCCAAAGAUUAUUACACGAAUGCCUUUGUGAACCAGAAUCUUGUAAAGCGCCUCGGCCUACCCGUCAUGCCUCUUGCGUGCCUCUUCAUUCGCUCCUCGAUGCAGACUUAUCAUAUGUUUUUGGCUACGCAAGUACCAUCUGCCAUACCAUCGCGUGCUGCUACCGAUUCAGCCAUCCAUUCGCCAGCUACGACAGCUGCUCUACAACGAUUCGAUAACAUAAUUCGCACUGCCCUUGGCCGCUCAGCUCUCGGUGUCCCACAUCCGACGGCUACCAACCCUUGGUACUUACCGAGCCCCGACGACGUGAUCGCUGCGCUCACUAUGGUCAUCUUCUUCCUCGGCGCCUUUUUCAUGCUUCUUGGAUGUAAACUGGUGCUUGGAAUCAUUUUAUUGCGCUUCUCCCGUCAUCGCUAUCGCAGCAUGAAGAUCCGCGAGAGUGCACACUAUGAUACUGAUGGCCGGCGUGCGGGUGUUUGGGGUAUGACUGAAGUAGAUGAAGAUAAAAAGCGCUGGAUAUACUACGAUGAGCCUGAGUAUCUCGAGAAACUCAAGGAUCGGCAAAAGGUGGGCAAGGAAAGGGGUGCAUCAACGCAGGAUUUUGGGAAAAUCAAUCGCUACGAUAUGUUGAAACGGAUUUGGUAG